AUGAUUUGGCAGAUUAUUCAGUCCAUUGUCGCCAUUACCAGACUCACCAUCAUCAUCAGUCAAAUUCAAGCGCAUCUAGCCGUUGAACUUCGCCGAGAACUCAACACCACUACACAUGCCCAAUCGAUUAGGGAGGCGCAAAGAAAUACAUCUGGGAGGCGCGCGAGGUUAUCCGGAGUCAUUUCAUCAAAGAAUGUUCUGAAUAUAAAGCGUCAAGAGAAGGAUUUGGAUGAUUUGGAGGCGCUGGAUCGAUUGCCACCGCGGUGGAAAAAGGUAAUGAAAGAGCUACGAAUGCAAUGUAAGCGGGAGGGGCGGCAGUUACGCAGAUAG